AUGACGGCGGAAUAUUCGGACAGCCACUCUGACGGGACAGUCGUGGACGUGAAACUGUUCAGAGCGAUCGGCCUGUUCCAUAUACUGAACUUCACCGCGCAAACCGGCCGUGACGGCUACGACGGCCGGCGGCACCGGACGGUAUUACGCGUCUACUUCUGGCUGGUAAUCGUGACGAUCAUCUUCAACAUCGGUGGCAUGUACCUGUCGUAUAACGAUUUUCAGCGGUUCACGUACCUAACCUUGUGCGUGACCGUGUCGUUGCCGUGCUCGCUCAAGUCAUACGUGUUGUCGCGGAAGGCCGACACGGACCGGCUGCGGGCCGUUCUGGACAUGGCCCGGUACGCGUUUACUUCGUGCGGCCGAAGUGACCCGUCGCGGUUGUCCCGGCGCAGCGCCGCGUUGUCCGCGCUGCUUCGCACGUUCGUCACGAUCAACUACUGCACCGUGUUCUUUUGGAUGCUGGCGCCGUUCUUCAUCCACGCCAGCCUGUCCGUCACCCACCUGGACGGCACCGUCAGCGAAUACCGGAAUAGCAUCCUAAACUUGUGGGUGCCGCUGCCCGACGCGGCGUACAACUCGUCGGCCGGCUGGUCCGUGGUCUACGCGUACGAAGCCAUCGUGUUUACGGGCAACUUGAUUAUUCUGUUGAUGUUCGACUGUUACGUUUUGACCACGUGCUUCGCGCUGAACGCCCAUUUCCGCACGCUGGUCGACGGGUACACGGCACUCGGACGUCGUACGCCAGGGCCAACGUUAGGUUCGUAUAUACCAGAUCCUCAUACGGUGUAACACCUGAAUUGUACGUAAACACCGAAAACUCAUUAGUGGACGAUUCGAUUUACAGGGGACGAAUAUUAUAGCCGUUUGAUCUGCCUCGUAGACGACAAUCAAAGAGUUGUGAAGUUAGUAUGACGGUAUAGAACAAUACCAGCACGAUGCGAAUAAAUUAUUACUGUUAUACGGGCCAAAUCACUUAAGUAUCAUCAUGGCUUAUUAGCAUACGGGUUAGGGUGGACCAAAAGAAAGAUUUAAUUUUUUAGCGCGGGAUUAUCCUCAAAAAAAAAAAAAAAAAGUUAAAAACAUUUUUAUUUUUUUUUUAUAUUACAAUACCGUCGAAUCUUAUUUUUACGAAAAAAUAAAAUGUCCAGCUUGCCCGCAGCGGUUUUAACUGAAUAAAGCAAUUCGUGUGUAUUUUAUUUUGUUUACGGUUGAAAUUAUCGCCAAACAAAAAAUGACACGAAUGCAAAUCAUCAGAAUGUAAUUAGGAACAAAUAAUAAUGAGGUUUUAAAGGAGAAAAUCGAUAUUUACAAAGUUACUAGCCUCGAAACGCAAAUAUUGCAAUAAUAAGAAAUUUUUUCAAGGAUAAUUUCAGAUUGAUAUAUUUUCAAUAUUUUUUUUUUUUUGUGGCAUAAGAUUCGGUGGUAUAUGAAGUUACGCCCGCGAAAAAACAAUUUGUUUGAUCCAACCUAAUGAUGUAUUGUGAUUUAUAGGUACUCUAAAAAAAUACAUUAAAGCAUUUUUAUUUUAUUUUUUUCCGUAAACUCUCUUAGAAAAUUUUAUGAUUUUUACGACGUCGUUCAAUCGGUAGUCAAAUUACAGAUAGCCUGUUCCACGGUUUCGGGAAUUAUAUCAAUAUUUUUCGCCAUAUUGGUAAGUGGCUCGAUCGACACGUUUUUGUCGGACUAGUCAAUUAAAAACUGAAAUCUCAUUGUUUUUUUUCCCCUUUCCCAAGAUGUUUAUGUCCGGAUGGUCACUCGUGUCCCCGCCGGUUUUGAAGUUUUUUUCCGCUUACGUGAUUGUAAUGGCACAGCUGGGUAUUUAUUGUUUCGCGUUCAGCUACGUAGAAACUGCGGUAAAAAAAAAAUUACGCCCUGAGCGGCUAUUUAAUAUAUCUAAACACUGUUCGAUUUUUUUCCUGCCCGACAGAAAUCUGCGGUGAAUUUCGGCCUGUACAGCAGCGACUGGACCGCAAAGGAUUUGAAAUUUAAAAAAACGAUGUUGCUGGCGAUGAAGAUGAACUCUAGCUACCAGCGCAUCGCGAAGUUGACACCGACCAACACCAUAAAUUUGGAAAUGCUAUACGGAGUGAGUAACCGACGCCACCAUACGUGCUAAAUUCAUUUGUGACGAUGUCGCACAUCGCAGAUAAAUCGUUCAGCACAUACGGUACGGAUUGCAACCGCACUAGUAUACGUAUUGUUGUUUUGCAGGUGAUAAAAACGUCGUAUUCGAUAGUUUCGUUGUUACUGAACACGGCCGUCGAACUAAAAGCGGAAGAAUGAAUAAAUUCGAAUAAUAUUUUAUCCGUUCACAUUUGAUAAAUUGUGCUAUUAGUAUACGAGUGGAUAUAUCGAAAUUACAAUUAUAUACAGAUUAAUAAUUUAACUCAAUG